CUGAGCUCCGUACAAAUGGCAGAAGCGUAGGAACUUGUCGACUCGUCUUCGGUUGCAUUUAUGCACAGUGAAGGCAGUGGUCAGCUUCACAAAAGGAGAGCCAAAAGAUGGUGGUGACUUGCGGUAGCGGUGGCGAUGGUGGUGGCACUUGGUCGUCAUUUUCUUCUACUGAUCUGAUAGUAGAAGCAGAAAAUGUUACGGUAAAAGAAGAGCCGGACGACCAAAUGGUAGAGGUCAACGACAACAACGCUUGCUUAUCUUUUGAAAUUCCAAAAGAUGAUGAAGCUGAGAAAGCGAGGAUAAUCAAAGAAGAGGAGGAAGAUGAUGACGUGGCAGACGGCAUUUAUGACGGUGAUAUUAAUUCAAAUGGAUCGUCAUCUUCUUCGAAUUCAUCGGUGAGUUUGCCGGAGCCAAUGAAAGGGCUGAACGAGUUAGGUACCCCGCCGUUUUUGAGGAAGAUAUAUGAGAUGGUGGAGGAUCCGGAGACCGACUCGGUUGUUUCCUGGGCCGCGAAUCGCAGUAGCUUUAUUGUUUGGGACUCUCAUGACUUCUCUGAAAACCUUCUUCCAAAGUAUUUCAAGCACAAGAAUUUCUCCAGCUUCAUUCGCCAGCUCAAUACUUACGGAUUUAGGAAGAUUCAUUCGGAUAGAUGGGAAUUUGCGAAUGAAAAGUUUCAGGGAGGGAAGAAGCAUUUACUUAAAAGCAUCAAAAGAAGAAGUAGAUUUAACAAGCAAGAUGGGCUAAUAACUUGCAUUGAUUUGACCAAACCUGGAUUGAAAGCUGAGCUUGAGAGUUUAAGAGAUGAUCAGAAUACAUUGAGAUUGGAAAUUUUGAAACAGAGACAGCAGCAAGAGGAUUCACAGAGUCGAAUUACUGCUGCUGAAGAACGUAUACGGUGUGCAGAGUGUAAGCAGAAACAGAUGUUGAGUUUCUUUGCCAAAGUAGCCAUAUACCCCAACUUUGUUCAACAAUUAAUUCGGAAGAGGAAGCAACAAAGAGAGCUUGAUGGAGGUGAAAUUAGUAAGAGGAGAAGAUUGCUUGCAUCCCAAGAGGCUGAAAACUGGCCUGAAAGUGUCAAUUGUAGAAACCAAGCUCAGGAAAAAUUGGCAUCAAUGCAAUCUGAGCUUACUGAUUUGUUACCAGACAGUAGUCCAGUAAUUACUGAUACAAUUGAAAGGGCUCCAUUCCCAGGUGCUAUGGAUGUUGAAAAUGAAUUGUGCAAUCAUAUUGAGGAUAUUAAGGGCAAUGUGAUGAGUGAAACAAGUGAUGAAGAUACAUCAUCUAUAGAUCGCACGUUGGUGGGAAGCCUACUUGGGAACAGUUUCGUUCUUGAAAAUAUGGCUGACGAAGAACUAGCUGUUAACGACACCCAAAUAUUUAAUGAGUUGGAAGAUUUGAUUGAGAAGCCAUGUAGUUGGCCUGGUUAUGUAACUGAGCUAGUGGAGCUUGGUUGCGUAGGACCUAUGCUCUGAAGCGCUUGUUAAUUUCAUUUGGGUACUAUUGCUUGUUUACGAAAUGGUGAAGAGCUGGAGAUGCAGUUCAUGCAGGGCUCCGCAUAGAACAGUUGAAAAUUGCAGGUGGAGUAAAGAUCAUACAUGUUUUAGACCAUAUUUCAAGAUAAGGGAUUUAUGGUAUAGUCUUUCUCAAAUGUUCAUUUUUCCCUCGUCUUCUUUUAGUGUACAGUGCUUUGCAAAUGUUUGUCUUCAGCGUUAGGUUGUGAAAUUUUCUGUUUUUAUGCCAAUAAGUUAGGCUAAGUCUUCCUUCUUCAAAACUGACUGUGAUAUGAACAAUUUUAGAGCCAUAUAUUAUCUGAGCUGCUGUUGGUCUA